UGACCGCCGGCCCACGCAGACGUGCUGUUACUGUGACUGACAUUGAAAAAGAAAGUUGUGUUUGUGUUUAACUUUAUAAGAACACCUAGUAUUAUGAAUCUCGUGUGGUGCGGGCUGGCGCUGGUGCUGUGCGCGGGGCAGGCGCUCGGCCACGGGCGGCUCAUCGAGCCCCCCUCCCGCGCCUCCGCUUGGCGCUACGGCUUCGACACCCCCCACAACUACAACGACCACGAGCUCUACUGCGGCGGCUUCACGCGCCAGUGGAGGCGCAACGGCGGCAAGUGCGGCGUCUGCGGCGACGCCUGGGACGCGCCCAAGCCGCGCCCGCACGAGAUCGGCGGCACCUUCUACAAGGGUGUGAUAGUGCGCAAGUACGCGCCGGGCGACGUCAUUACCGUGAAGGUCCAGCUCACCGCCAGCCACAUGGGCUGGUUCGAGUUCAAGGUCUGCGAUAACCCCAGCCAGACCGACGAGGAGUGCAUGAGCAAGCACGUGCUGAAACUCGAGGGCAGCGAGGCCACGAAGUUCUACCCGAAGAACGGCAGCGUCACCUAUGAGAUGAGAUACCGGCUGCCCGAGGGCCUGGAGUGCGUGCACUGCGUUUUCCAGUGGCAGUACGUCGCCGGCAACAACUGGGGCGAGUGCGGGAACGGCACCGGCGCCGUCGGCUGCGGCCCGCAGGAGGAGUUCCGCUCCUGCGCCGACAUCUCCAUCUCCGACGAGCACACGACGACGCGCCGCCCGCGCCCGUCCUACGUCCCGCCGAGCAGGAGGCCCACUGUGCCCACUCCCGCGGAGACCGAGUCCACGGGCAGCUCGGUGUACGGCAUCGUCAUUGCGAUCGUGUCGCUGCUGCUCGCCCUCGCGGUCCUGGCUGCGGUCUACCUGUACUACUACCGCGGCGGCAUGAGGAUUAAGAACCUCCUGAGGAAGAAGGUGCCCCCGCCCGCGCCGGUGCCCCCGCCCCGCCACAAAAAGAUGUCUCUCUCCCGAGAGAAUCCGCCCGAGAUCUCCGCGCCUAAACUGAUUUCCGAGACGGGAUUCGAGACGGUCGACCUGAGAACGAAGUAACGGAAGUCAGAAUUAGGAUACGAAA